CUGUCGAAAUUUUCGUUGAGCAUCGAAAUGGCUGUCGAACAGAAUUUACCUAUCGACAGCGUAGCGUAGUGAAUGGAAAUUUGUGAAAAUGUCGAAAGUCGUGAGCACUAAACAGCAAUUGGAAAAACUGGUAGCUUUAAUGGAAGAAAAUCCACAAUUUGCAAGAGGGAUUUGCACCAAAGUUCAGGCGGCAACAAAAUGGGAGGGAUUUGCUUUGGACCUGAACUGUUUGGGUCCACCAACUAGACCAGCGGCAAAGUGGAUGAAGGUAUGGGCUGAUAUGAAGUCAAAGACAAAGAAAAAACUGUCGCAAAACAAAACGGAGUACAGAGCAACAGGCGGAGGUACUAACAGGCUGCAGAGAUUUUCUAAUACUGAAGAUAGUAUUAUUGGCUUACUCGAGUUUGAUGCCUGCAUAAACCCGCCGGGAGCCGAAUUUGGUCUGGAUAUAGGUGGCGAUGUUGAACCACAACUUUCAGCUCCACCAAGUUAA